UUUUAUAAAAUGCAAUCUCACGUUUUGUUAAUCCCAAGUGUGAUUUGAAACCAUCAAUGAGUAAAAAACUAAAGUGAAAUAAUUGUUCAAAAUGGAAAGCAAAGAAAAAACCAUUGAUGAAUACAAGAAGAAGAUCCAUCCUCACAAAAAAGCCAACAUAAUAUCAAAAUUAUUCUUCUGCUGGGCACUGCCAUUAUUCGUCAAAGGUUUCAAAAAAGACCUCACCGAGGACGACUUAUACGGCACUUUAAAAGCCCACAAAUCCAACCUUUUAGGGGACAAACUCGAAAAAACUUGGCUCAAAGAGCAAAACAAUCACAGAAACCCGUCCUUGUGGCGAGUGUUAAUGAAAGUCUACGGUCUUGAAAUCGUACUCUAUGGAAUUGUUUUACUCGUCCAAGAACUAAUCGUAAAAAUGGCCCAACCGAUGUUAAUAGGAGGCCUCCUAGCCUAUUACGACCCAAACCAGGCCGAAAUAACCAAACCAAUGGCCUAUUUGUACGCCACUGGCAUCAUAGGAAUAUCAUUCGUAAAUAUAAUGAUCAUGCAUUCGUAUUUUUUUGGUUUGCAACAACUUGGGAUGAAAAUACGAGUCGCUUGUUGUUCCUUGCUCUACCGCAAGGCUCUAAGACUGAGCAAAAGCAGUUUAAUUGAUACAACGAUCGGUCAAACUGUUAAUUUAAUGUCCAAUGAUGUGAAUCGGUUUGAUUUCUUGAUCAUGCACAUACACCAUUUGGUGAUUGCACCACUUGAAGCUCUCGUUGUCAUUUAUCUACUCUACACCACUGUCAAUCCCGCUGCGCUUGCUGGAGCCGGCCUUUUGCUCAUUUUUGUGCCUUUACAAUUAUAUUUGGGCAAACGCACGUCUGUCUACCGGUACCGAACUGCGAUAAAAACCGACCAAAGAGUGAGACUAAUGAAUGAGAUUAUCACCGGAAUUCAAGUCAUCAAAAUGUACACCUGGGAAAAACCGUUUGCAAAACUGAUCGAAUUGGCCCGAAAACUGGAAAUCCACCAAAUCCGGGCUAGCUCCUACCUCAAAGCAAUCAACGUUUCAUUUAUAAUUUUCCUCAACCGGACUUCGAUUUACCUCUGUGUUUUAACCUACGUUUUGACCGGUAACACUCUAAGUGCUGGGUAUGUGUACGUGGUUACCUCCUACUACGGCAUUUUGCGCCAAUCCUUGACCAUGUUUUUGCCUCGAGGGAUCACCCUCCUGGCCGAAACGAACGUUUCCGUGAAACGAAUCCAAAAAUUCCUGUCAUACGACGAGAUCAAACCCGAGGAGAGUGUCCCAAAUCCGGAAAAACCCAUCGGGGUUUACAUGGACGAAGUCUGUGUUAAAUGGUCCCCAAACUCUCCCGAUUUCACCCUCAGUGAAAUCAACUUCGGAGUCGGCCCCCACCAACUCGUGGGUAUUGUGGGGCCUGUUGGUAGCGGGAAAACCACCCUUUUGCACGUCAUCCUCAAAGAAAUCUCCUUGUCUCGGGGAGACUUGGAGAUAAGUGGUCGCAUUUCGUACGCGGCGCAAGAACCCUGGCUUUUCGCCGCGAGUAUCCGCCAGAAUAUCCUCUUCGGGGAGGAAAUGGACCGGGAGAAGUACCAACAAGUGGUGAAAGUGUGCGCUUUGGAGCGGGACUUCUCCAUGUUGCCGUAUGGGGACCACACGAUUGUGGGGGAACGAGGAGUGAUGUUGAGUGGGGGGCAGAAAGCGCGGAUUAAUCUAGCCCGAGCUGUGUACAAAGACGCCGAUAUUUACCUCCUAGAUGAUCCACUUUCGGCGGUGGACACUCACGUGGGGAAGAAACUCUUCGAUGAGUGCAUUUCGGGGUUUUUGAGGGAGAAAUGCACGAUUUUGGUCACGCACCAGUUGCAGUAUCUUCGAAAUGUUGACAAGAUUUACUUGCUUGAAAAUGGUACUGUUACCGUGAGUGGUACCUACACCGAAUUGCAAAAUUCCGAGAGUGAGUUUGUCAAGUUGUUGGAGAAGCUAGUCACUGAUGAGGAGAAGCAAGAGAAGAAAGCUGAACCAGAGCAAAAACUCAAAUCGUUCAAAAGUCUAGAUAAGGAGAAACCAAGCGAGAUUAAAGAGCACCGCAGUGUUGGUACUUUAUCAAAACGAAUCUACUUCUGUUACUUGAAAGCUGCAGGAAAUUAUUGCUUGUCUUUGUGCAUUCUACUUUUGUUUGUUUUCACUCAAAUGGCCGCGAGUGGGACUGAUGUUUUUGUCACGUUUUGGGUCAAUUUGGAGCAAGACAGAUUGAGCAAUGUCACAACUGAGGUUUCCUCGUUUCUUACACCCAAUAACUGCAUUUAUAUUCAUUCUUCGUUUAUAGUUUUUCUUAUAGUUGCAACUAUAACACGAUCUUUAAGUUUUUUCAAAGUGUGCAUGAGGGCGUCGAGGAAUUUGCACAAUAAUAUGUUUUUGGGUGUUGUGCAUGCCACGAUGAGGUUUUUCAACACGAAUCCCUCGGGGAGGAUCCUAAACAGGUUUUCCAAGGAUAUGGGGUCGAUUGAUGAAACGCUUCCUCAAUCAAUCACCGACACUUUACAGGUCGGUUUGAACGUGUUGUCAAUCACAAUUGUCUUGUCUUCGAUCAAUCCGUGGAUUAUCAUCCCGACUGCUGUCAUUUUUGUGGUGUUUUACUUGUUUAAGGUGAUUUUUUUGGCUACUAGCAGAAAUUUGAAACGAAUGGAAGGGACAACUCGAAGUCCGGUUUUUUCACAUUUGUCCCAAUCACUACAAGGCCUAUCAACAAUUCGAGCUUUCAACGCCCAAGAAACCCUACGAUUGGAAUUUGACAAUCAUCAAGAUCUUCACAGUUCCACUUAUCACAUGUUUAUCGCCACAAGUCGUACGUUUGCGUUUUGGUUAGACGUUAAUUGCAUUCUCUACAUUAGUCUUGUAAUUUUAAGUUUCCUCUUCCUCGGUGCUGAGUCAUAUGGUGGUAAUGUUGGGUUGGCUAUAACCCAAUCGAUUACCUUAACCGGGAUGUUGCAAUGGGGGAUGAGACAGUGGAGCGAGUUAGAAAACCAAAUGACUUCAGUUGAAAGAGUUAUUGAAUACACGGAAUUGGAGGAAGAAUCGGACGAAAAUCACAAAGAAGUGUCAAAAUCGUGGCCUACCAGUGGUAAAAUCGAGUUUCAAUCAGUGUUCAUGCAAUACUCUCCUGAUGAUCCCUUCGUUUUGAAAAAUCUGACUUUUAUGGUCAACUCGAGGGAGAAAAUCGGGAUUGUGGGACGCACCGGUGCGGGAAAAUCGUCGCUGAUUUCCGCGCUUUUCCGUCUAGUGCCCAUCGAAGGCAAUAUAAUCGUUGACGGGGUUGAUAUUAACGAAAUCUCUUUGCAUUGCUUGAGAUCCCACAUUUCGAUCAUCCCGCAAGAGCCGAUCCUUUUCUCGGGGACGCUGCGCAAGAAUUUGGACCCGUUUGAUGAAUACCAAGACGAGGAGCUUUGGAACGCUUUGGAGGAGGUCAAAUUGAAGGCCCUGGUGGCGGAAUUACCCACAGGCUUGUCGAGUAAUGUCUCGGAAGGUGGUUCGAAUUUCAGUGUUGGGCAAAGACAGUUGCUUUGUCUCGCGAGAGCUGUUCUUCGAAAUAACGUGAUUUUGGUGCUUGAUGAAGCCACGGCGAAUGUGGACCCACAAACCGACGAGCUUAUCCAAAACACCAUCAGGAGGAAAUUCAAGGAUUGUACUGUUUUGACCAUCGCACAUAGACUUCAUACUGUCAUGGAUUCGGACAAGAUUCUGGUCAUGAGUGGGGGACGAGCGGUCGAGUUUGACGAUCCAUGGACACUUUUGCAGAAAACAGAUGGUGUGUUUCACGGAUUGGUGCAACAAACGGGGAAGGGGAUGGCGGAGAAUUUGAUGAACAUUGCCAAGAAGAAUAGGGACAGCUCUACAGAAACUAAUUAAACCAUUAAACGAAAUUAUACAAAACUGUUUAUAAUAAAUUGCUGUGAUAGAAGAAUUUCGAAGUAUUUUUAAAAACCCCAAUUUACAAGUGACGCCACUGCGAAG